CUCCACGUCCCCGUCGCCCCGUUGCUGUUUUGUCGUGAGACCUGCUUGCUGAGUGCCGGACCCCCAUUUCGUUCUCCUUGUGUAGAGACCUUUUUUUUUUUCCUUUGCGCAAUCUUGCACCCGUCUUCUCCCCCUCUCCGGUGUCUCACCGACUCCCCGGGCGUGACAGCUGGGAACCCGCACCUCGUCCACGCCAGAGGCCUGGUUAUCUUCUGCUUGUCGGAAUUCCGGCGAAUCUGCUCGCCCACCAUUCUGCGCGACGAGACGACGACGACGACGACGAUUCUUGCUACGACAGAAGUGGCUGCGCGCUGUCACCCUCCUGUCUUCGCUUCCCGCUUUCAGGGUUGGCGACCGAAGCUGACCUCGUAUUUGCCUACGACUAAAGCGCCUCAAACAUCCGUCGCCGCCAACCUGCGUCCUCACCCGCUGGGACACCCGACUCCAGAAGAUGAGGACAUGCUUGUGCUGACUGUCUCUGUCUUGCGUGCGCUCGCCCCCAUCGUUGGCGGUUGAUAUCGCCUCGUGAAGAGGCUGGUCAUGACAGCGCAUCGCCGGCAGCGCUCUCGAUCAGCAGUUUCGCACACGCGCAUCCCCGACGGCGAAUCCCCAACCCAGCUGGGUGCGACCGCCGGCCUGCUCGCCCAAGUCGGCUCGACGCUGACGCUUGGGAUACCUGGCAGCAAUCCGAACACCCCAUUUCCGUAUAUCCCACCGCUCAGCACGAGCCCGAGACAACGAGCCCAGAGUUACGCAACGAGUCCCUACAGCAACACAAUGCACACGCCGUACCGUCCCGGGCAGCAACUGCCUCCUCCACCUCCGCCGCAGAGUGUGCCGGCAGGCCAGGCUGGGAUGGGCUUCAUACCUCCGCCUCCUCCCAUGCCGCGCCAGCAGCAGCACACGAUGAUGAAUCUUCCUCCCCCGCCCAGCAAUCCUCCUAGCGCGCAUCCAAUCUCACAUCCCACAUACUGGAACAGGCAGCAAAGCUAUCCGCCGGUGGCGAACCAAAAUGCCCCCGCUCCGUACAACCCAAGCGCGUAUCAGAACCAGUUUCAACCGGCACAGCAGCAGUCGGAAAGCUUGACCUCCGCCACAUACAUACCUGGCAGUGAUGGUUGGGGCCCCGGCGUGGGCAUUCCGCCUUUGUACCCGCUCACGAGGCAGGAGCACAGCUUCGACUCCGGCUACGGAACCUUAUCGAGCACGUUGACGUCGGCGCGAUCGGAUGCUACCACGGUCCCCACGCCAAUUGAAGAUGGAAGGUGGACUGCAAACGCUUCUUCUCUCUAUCGUCAACCGUCGAGAAGCAUACAGGUUCCCCCACCAGGCUACACGUCCCCUGGUCCGCCAACGGCCACCUUAGCCAACCCGCAACAUCCUACCCAGCAGAAGACUUGCGAUACGCGCACACCCAUCUCCCCGUCAGAUCCCGCCAACAAUUGGCCGAUGGAAAACGUCUUGAUAUGGCUGGCGCAAGAAGGGUUCUCGGCAGAUUGGCAGACGGCCUUUGAAGAGCUGAACAUGGAGAAGAAUCAAUUCCUGGACAUCGGCCGCGGACACGGUAGACACGGAAAUUUUGGCAUCAUGCAUUCGACCAUCUUUCCCAAGCUACAACAGGUCAUGGGUGCCAAGUACGAUGCCUCGGUGGAAAGAGAAGAGGGCAAACGUCUUCGAAGGCUAGUCAGGCGCAUUGUAGAGGCCGGUGGGCAGGGUGGGUCGUACAGCUCGCACAAACGAGAGGUGUCGCUUACGAGCGCCACUGAAGGCAACCUGGAAACCUCGCCCAUGACCGCCGGUACGGAUGCUGGCAGCCCUGGCUAUCCGCCCUCACAUCCGUCCAGCUCGAGUCUGUGGGCACAGUCGCAGGGACGCCGUCCUUCUGAACAGCAUGGUCUGGACGAGGCAGCCAGGAACUUGAGCCAGGGCGGACGUAGUCAGUGGUCGCAGGACGCGUUGAGAGGUUUGGAUGGCACGAAACAUAGUCGCAGCACGUCAAGAGAGUAUCUAUCGGACGGCAGGUCAAGUCCAUCGCGCAGUCCACACAUCAAGCAAGCGACGACCAUGCCAGUCGUGUCUACUUCGCAACAACAGGGUAGAUACUACGGGCAAGGACAUGUUCGAGAUGCCAGUGCCGAGUCUCUCUCGCAGAUGCGAAGAAACGGAGGCGAAGGCAAUCGGCCCCACAUGGAUCACGUCAACAGCGAUCCUCCUCCAGGCGCCAACAAGGAGCACAAGAACAUUUUCACGAGGCUGAUACAUCCGAAAGGGAAACGGGACGACGACAUCUCUCCAACAAGCCCAGUUAGCUUCAGGCAGCUCAACGCGAGCGACACUUCGUUGAACCGACCACGGUCACGGAGCUCGCUUGCUCAAGAGGAGCAUACGUUGACUCGACCGUUGCGCACCGAUCCUCGAGACAGAAAGUUUGCGAUGGUCACAUUCGACGGGUGGAACUACCGACUUGUCGACAUCACCGCGGUCGACUCCGCAACGGCCCUUCGUCGCUUGAUCUUGGAUAACCUUGGGGCUCCUCAUGCCUCCAACGUUAGUCUACAUCUGACCAGCUUGGGACAAUCCGAACAUGACGAAGCUCUGUCUGACGAGCUGCUCAUGUUUGCUCGCAAGAAUAUGGGUGAUCACCAAGGCACUCUCAAGAUCUUUGCAAACAUCCCACCAGACUCGUUACCGAGCGGUCUCGGUAUCGCAGGUGUUGACUCGCCCGUCGGACGGGUAUCAUUUACAAGCCGUCCGCUGAGUGACGCGGUCUUGGCAAGACUAAACCCGGGCAGCCAAACGGACACGAUAAGCUCUGGCGAGCCGACGCUCAUUGGAAGUGCCAAGGCUUUCUCGCCGUCGGAUGACCGCCGAGCACGGGCUGCCAGUAGCCAGAACACACACGCGAGAGAUAGAUCCGCCGGUCGCAUGAAUCACGACGACAGUCCGAGCAUCCGAGGCAAUCCUGUCGACUUCAAUGAACGACGAGCAUCGCCGUACACAAGCGGCAAGCCGUUCGAGCGCCACAUGUCUCAGCGAAGUCGUGAACUCGUACCGACUCGGCCGCCUCCCCCGAUGCCUCCAGACUCAAACACUCUGAUCAAGGUGAACUCGCUCACCAAGAAGAGCUCGGGCGGGCAUCGUACGAGACGAUCGGGUGAAGAAGACUUCAAGAGACGCUCGCAAGAAAACACGAUCGUGGAGGUUAGCGAAGGCCGGGAAUCGAAGGAUGGUGGUAGCGUUUCAGGAGGUAAGAUCAAAAUUGAAAGAGCUUUGGCCUCCGUCGACUUCGGUGUCAAUGGAAGGGGCCCUUGUGGAUCCCCCCGGAGCCCGAAGCUCACGAUGAGCCCUGGCAAUGUUGCUUUCCAGAUUCCUGACUAUUGGUCAGGGGAACAAAAUCAGAUCGAGGAUCCUUCACAGAACGGCGAUACGGGCACGAUACUGUCCACCGGCUCGAACGGCAACUACGGAAAACCCCAGCUCAGUCUUAUCACAAACCCUGGGCUGGAGCGUGUCAAGCAGCAGGACCGAACGUCCAGUCCCAAUAUUAAUCCGUCAGCGGCACAGGCCGACGACCUCGGUGUCUCGAAGGGUCCAAGACAGAGUACCGGCCCCAAUUUUGAAUUUGAGGAAAGCCAAGUGCAGUGGAAGACCACGGUAAACAGCCACAUGGAGGAUGAUGAAGGCAGUGAUUCGGACGACAGCUUGUUUGCCGUGCAGAUUCGAAAGACAGAUGACGCAUCACGACCCGGCACAAAUGCAAGCCAAAACGGGCCGACAAAGGAUGACCGUCCAUCGCUAACGCUGAAGACAAACAAGGUCAGCUUCCAACCAACGCCGGCGAGCGCCAGCACCGACGGAACAGAGAGUGAUUACAAGAACGAAUCAGGCAGUGCACAAACCCCAAGCGACGAUUUUGACAACAAGUUCCUUCGUCGACAAUCAUUCGCGGGUGACCUCUGGGCUAAUCGUCCCCCCGCGGAAGGUAUCGUGGAACAUCUUGAUGAGUUCUUUCCGAACGUCAAUCUUGACCAGCCAAUCAUCGAAGAUCCAAAUGUCACUCCGUCUACGGCAACAGAAGACAAGAAGAUGGAUUAUGGGCCUAGCUCCGAGACGUUGAUGUCAAAUGUUGACGACACGGACACCCUCGCUUCUGAUGAGUCCACUUUGAAGCGUGGCGAUACCGUAAAGUCGAUGGCACAACGGCAGAUGCAGAAGUCCAGCGGCCUGGGAAGGACCAAGUCAAUUCGUGAGGUUGUGCAGCGGAACUAUCAACAACCUCCACCUUCAUCAUUCAACCAUAUCGACAACAAUUUUGGACCAGGGGCGCCACCAACUCGUGUCAAUACGCUGCGAGCCAACGCUUCAGGAGCCAUCGUUCGUCGAAAAUCGACAAAGAUGUUCGGUGCCCGGAUCGAACAGGUCAGGCCUCCGCGAGGCAGCCGACUCAUAAAUCUUGAAACGAUCCCGCAAGAUGACCUGAUCCCCGCCCAAACGCAAGGCGCUGCUCCUCCACAACGGCAGGCAACAUUCAAAUGGAUGAAGGGUCAGCUUAUUGGUAAAGGCACCUUCGGUCGCGUGUAUCUUGGCAUGAACAUGACUACCGGCGAGCUGAUCGCAGUCAAGCAAGUCGAAGUCAACCCCAAAGCCGCCGGCCAAGAUAAGGCCAAGAUGAAGGAGAUGGUCCGCAGUCUGGACAUCGAAAUCGACACGAUGCAACAUCUUGAUCAUUCGAACAUUGUUUCAUACCUGGGCUGCGAACGCAAGGAGUACUCCAUCUCCAUCUUUCUUGAGUACAUUCCUGGUGGCAGCAUCGGAUCCUGCCUGAGGAAGCACGGGAAAUUUGAAGAGCCGAUCGUUAGCUCUCUUACACGCCAGACCCUCUCGGGUCUUGCUUACCUUCACAAUGAGGGUAUCCUGCAUCGUGACCUCAAGGCGGACAACAUUCUCCUGGAUCUGGAUGGUACCUGCAAGAUCUCCGACUUUGGCAUCUCUAAAAAGACGGACAACAUUUAUGGAAACGACGUUGCCAACACGAUGCAAGGUUCCGUGUUCUGGAUGGCCCCUGAGGUCAUCCGAUCUCAAGGGCAGGGCUACAGUGCAAAAGUUGACAUCUGGUCUCUUGGCUGCGUGGUCUUGGAAAUGUUCGCUGGUAGGCGGCCGUGGGAGAAGGAGGAGGCCAUUGGUGCCAUCUACAAGUUGGGCAGCUUGAAUCAGGCACCGCCUAUUCCGGAUGAUGUUAGCUCAAACGUCGGUCCGGCUGCGUUGAGCUUCAUGUGGGACUGCUUUACGAUUGAUCCUGCAGAUCGACCUACCGCUGCGCGCUUGCUGGAGCACCCUUUCGCCUUUUCGAAUCCCAACUACAAUUUCCUGGACACUGAGCUCUACAGCAGGAUCAGAGGAGCUUACGGUAACAUCGCGCCGGCCAUCGCUGGCUGAUUUGGUGCACGAAUGAUUAUACAUCCGUUCGAGGCUUCGCCAUUGUGGUAAAUUCUCCCGCUCUUCUUGGCGUCAUGUCGCGUGCGUGGACCUCUUUUUUUUUAUUUUGUCUUGGUCUGCUUGUUUUUGGGAAACGAGGACUCUAUACCCUUUUUGCUGUUUUGGUAGUUCUUCUGUCAAUUUCUUGUUGAACAUUGCCUACGGAACAGCGGGCUUGAUGGUGGGUUCCACGAUGUCGGCUUGGGACACAGUACGUAGAAUCUUCAUUGUGAGCUGUGAGCAUGUGCUCACUAACAAGCUAUGUUUGAACUGUGCAACUCAAGGCUUUCAACCCCGCAUCUUUCAUCUGGUGUACCUUUUAGCCCUGCCUCCGAAUCAUGAAUGGUGGCUUGAUGAAUCGCCGUCGCUUAAGGGCCAUGAAAGCAGCAGAAAACAGCUUGGAAACGCGAGUUGGCAAGACGCUGUGCACGAAUUGGAAGUAAAAAGAAAGAAAGAAAGAAAGGUAUCGAU